AGACUAGUUGACAACAAUCGGCCAACUGUAGUGGCUGCAGGCGAACGCGAAUCACGCGCAACUUUACAGCAACAUCAAAAUUAAUGUAUAAUAUGGAUGAUAUUUAAAAAAAAAAUAAAGAAAAAAUUUAUUUUAUAAUUAAAAUUCGUAAAGUGAUAAGUGAUGUUAUUAGUUUGUGAAUAAAUAAAAUACAUAAAGAUACGUAGUAAUGGCGAUCGAUGAAAAAAAGAUAGAGCAAGCAAAUAUUAAAACUGUCGACAAGAUGACUAUAAACAACACAAACGAUUAUAUAAGAAAUAGCAUUAGAAAAAGUAAAAAGGAAAAAUCAAAUUUAGAUACGAAAAAAGAAAAAGAAGCUGAUGAUAAUUGGGAUGAUUUAAAUUUCUUUCAAAAGGCGAGGCAUAUGUUUUCAUUGAUAACAGUUGAGCCAAUUUUAGCAUGUUAUGUCAUGCCAUCGGUUUUAUCAGCAUUAGCUACACAAAAUUUAUAUUUAGAAAAGGCUUGUCGUGUUAAUUUAGCUUUCGAACCUCAUAUAUGUGAUGCACUGACAAAGAGAGAGACAGCGAAUUAUACGAUGGAAGAAGAAGCAGUACAAACUCUUGUCGCGUCGGUUGCAGGAUGGAAAACUGUGCUGCAGUCUUUUUUACCUUGUGGCAUACUAAUAUUUCUCGGAGCUUAUAGUGAUAGAGUUGGACAACGAAAGUUCUGUAUGCUUAUACCAAUUAUUGGGGAAUUUUUAACAAGCAUUGGACUUAUAGUUAAUACGUUUUUCUUUUAUGAAUUGCCUGUAGAAGUGGCUGCGGUGACUGAGGCUAUAUUUCCAGCAUUGACUGGUGGUUGGUUUACAAUGUUUAUGGGAAUCUUCAGUUACAUAGCUGAUGUUACUACGGAGGAACAAAGGACUUUGAGAAUUGGAAUCGUAAAUCUAUUUUAUUCAUUGGGCGUGCCCGUGGGAGCAGCGCUCAGUGGAAUUUUAGUUCGGAAGAUUGGAUUAUACGGCGUGUUUUCGCUAAGCGCAACGCUCUAUAUUUUGAGUUUCUUUUAUGGUUUCUUUAGAAUAAAAGAAGUCAAGAGGACUGACUUGAAUGUUAAGCCGACAAAUAACUGCUGCGAAUGGUUGAAGGAUUUCUUUGAUAUACGUUACGUGAAGGAUACGAUAAUGGUGGCUUUCAAACGAGGCCCCAACAAUCGCAGGUUGAGAGUCAUUAUGUUGGUAGUGGUGUUGUGUGUCGUCAUUGGACCUAUUUAUGGCGAGAUGUCGGUUAUGUAUCUGUUCACUAGGUACCGUUUUAAUUGGAACGAAGUAGAUUUCAGUAUGUUUUCAACCUACGCCAUGUGCACUUCUCUAGUCGGAACACUGUUCUCCGUUGGAGUUUUCAGUCACAUACUAAAGUUUGACGACGCCAUUAUUGGUGUAAUUUCAUGCACGAGUAAAAUUUUAUCAGGCUUUAUGUACGCUUUUGCGACGAAGACUUGGCACAUAUAUAUAGCUCCUCUGAUCGAAAUAUUUAACGGAACAUCAUUCAUUGCAAUGAGGUCUAUGGUAUCAAAAUUAGUAGAUAAAGAUGAAUUGGGUAAAGUGAAUUCGUUUUUCGGAGUGGCAGAAGCAAUGAUGCCGUUAGUGUAUGCUCCGAUGUACACAACUGUAUACACUGCUACUAUAAAGACAUUCCCUGGAGCUUUCUUUUUACUUGGAGGAGGACUUACAGUACCGGCUGUUGUUAUAUUUUUGUGGUUGUAUCUGGCGAAUAAGAAACAUGAAGCAAAUACGAAUACGAAUGAUAAAGAGAGUGAAAUGAAAGCUGAAACGAAAGCAGAGAAAAAUGGAGUAGAAAAUAAAGCAUUCGAUACUGAAGAGGAUUUCAAGAAUAAAAACAAAGCAAAAAUUGAAACAAUUGAUAUUUCUAAUAAUGAUAACGUGACUCAAUCACAAAUAGAAAUGGGCUUAACCCAAAGUAUGCUGUGCAACCGUACCAAUAAUCUUUAAACGAGAAUAUCACUAAAAUAAUUUAUCCCUUUUUUUAUAAAAAUAACACACAGUUAAUAAUUAUGGCUAUUUUUAUAAGGCAGUGGUAGAUGGCAUCAACAACCCUAGCACGAAUGGUCUAUACAGAAGACAGACGUCAAGUGGAUGCAAUUUCGCUUUUCGUUUAAUGGGAGUUCGUGACGUAGGCCUGAUUUUAGUCCUCUUUCCCUUCCCACCCUUUUCUUUUAAGGAAAGGAUGUUGAUUUCAUUGAGAACGAACGCAAAGUAAGGGAAGAUAUUCACCUUCUGUGCGUCCCCUCCUCCAUCGAUUACGUUGCCUACCUUUGAUCGAUGGUUAGUUAUAAUAUAAAAAAAAAUUAUUUUUAUUUUAGAGGAAUUACAUAUAUUGAUUAAUUAGCGUUACUUAUUAAGAUUUUGAAUAUUCUUAUCCUGUGAUAUUUGUUACCUACAUCUUAGAUUUAGUACUUUAUAUAUGAAGAUAAUAUUUAUUUUAAGAACUAUAUUUAUAUGCACAGGUCAUUUAAUAGUAAACCGCUAGUAAGAAAAAUGAUAUAAUUUUGUAUCGAGUAAGUGGGUAUUAAAAGGAUAAUAUUUUUUCCAUUCACAACAUGACGUACUUAAUUGUUUCGCGCUAAAUAUUUUAUUAUUUAAAGCAUACCACGCGGGUGUUUCCCGUUGGACCAAUCAGCGUACCGAACAGCCCUCCCAACGGCAUUUUAUCCCAUUGGGCCGAUCGGCCUACUAUCGGAAUUACCUAUUGUCAACUGUUGCUUAUAAAAUAUAUUUUAGUUAUAAGGUAAUUUGUAAAAAAUAAAUAUGAGAAUGAUUUUUUUAAUUCACUUUAAACUAACAAUCCAUAAACCUUUGUAAUUUUGUUUGAAAUGACGUUAAGUAUACUGGAAAUCAGGAGGAAUUUGUUACAAUGAAUCCCUAAUUACUCCAAAUGAAUUCCAUGGACAAUGAAUGUCAUUGUCAGACAGUGACAUGUGUAUAUUUAAUAUCCCAUUCCUCCUGAACACGACAGUAUAUACUUAUAUUGAGUAAAGGUUGAAAAAAAAACACGUUUUUUU